UGGUACCUGCAAGACAAAGAAAAAUGGGUGAGACAACUAUGUGGGGCGGACAUUUGACUUGAGAGCUACAACAUUACAAAAAAGAAAUAAAAGAGGAGGUCCACACCAUGUUUAAUUGCAAUCAAACACCCUACCCUUUCUUUUUGUGAACCACAUGCUUAGAUAUCAUUUUGAGAGCUCCUAAACACCUCCCCCUCACCCCCCAUUCGAACUGAAAGGGAUAAGAAAGAAGGGAGAGCCUCACACUCAAAAGAGAAAGAGAUAAGGGAGCUGGCCGCAGGGUUAAUCUCCAGUUCGUGGAGCUCACUGUUUGGUUCGUAUCUUGAGAAAUACUCAUCCAAAAGGGGCGUGUGAGGUGUCCACUGAAAGCUCUCAAGAAGAGGAAUCCAUAGACAUGCGGUUUGAAGGAAACGGAGCAGUUUAAGGCCUCCAAAUCGUCCGAACAAAACGCAACCUUGCAGAAUACGUUUUUGUAUUCAAAGUUAGGGGACGAAUUUGUCGGAAAACACCCGUUCUAGGGACUGUUUUCGUGUCUUCGGUUAGGAGUUGAGCAAGCACCUCGAGGAGGCUGUUUAACACUCAUUUUUAAGCAAGGAAUCAGUUCUCAAACUUCCUUGGCCGAGGCUUUGGUCAUUGGAUCAAGAAGGAAUAGUUUAAAGCUCAUUUGAGGUUGAGGCUAGAGCUUGCUUCCUGUGCCCGUUGCUCGGGUGAUCCUUUGGAGAGAAGACGUGGUUCGUGCUUUCUCCAUUCUGUUUUGAACAAUAUUAAACAUGCUCAUGGAUAUUUUACUUUAGAGCCUGCGUGCUCAUGAAUAGCCCUGUGUGGCCCUUUUGUUUUAAACAAUGUUUUCCGCUGCGUUAUGAAUUACUUAUUAUGUUUGUUUAUGGAUGUUAUAUGUGUAAAUGAUAUUCAAGACGCCUUGUAUAAUAUGAAUGUGUUGGACUGCGGUUGACUAUUCGUAUUGUACGGCGGGUUGUUGACGUGUCCGGGGAGGUCCGGGGCGUGACAAUUAAGUUGGUAUCAGAGCCUUAGUCCAUAAACUUCAUAAUGAAGUCUCAAAAUUCUCUCUUGAAAAGAUUUUGAAAACCAUGAGCAUAGAAGUUUUGUACUUGGAGAGCUUUUGGUACUUGGGUUGCAAGGUCUCUAAUUGUUAAGAUGGUACCCUUAGCAAUUGGUAUGGCGGUGACUCGAGCCAAAAUGUGUCUUAAGUACCUAUCCGUCAAUUGACAUUGAUACGAGUCUAACGACUCUUUCCAAAUUUCUUUCAGAAAUGGACCGUGGUGGCAGGAUUACUAGGAGAAACCUGACUGGCCGUGUACCAGUGGAGACUGGACAGGGCAGUCGAAGGACCUCUAGGGCAUCUAGAGGAGCUGGCCGAGGAGGCCGAUCACAGACCGUGAGCGACGGUCAUGUGAGUACCGAGAACGAGAGCUACUGGUCCUAUGAGGACUCGACCUAUCGACCGGAGACAGAACCGGUUGAAACCCCUUAUGAAGGGGAUGAUGAUGAUGAUGAUGUAAGUGAUGAGGAGGAAAACGGCUCCUUAGCACGGAUUGAGGCACUACUCCAACAAUAUCACCGUGAGCGUGAAGAGAGGAGGGAACGUCGAAGGCGCCGAGCCGGGCAACCUUCGGGCGGGGCUUCAAGGGAGAGGAGUCAUGGUGACUCUAGGGCCCAUAUCGGACCACAUGAGGGCCGAGGUGAUGGAGGCCCGAUCGUAAGGAUCUCCAAAUACCUCAAAGAGGCACGAGACUUGGGGUGCAAACCCUUCAACGGAGCGGGUGACAUCUCGGUCGCCGCGGAAUGGAUCAAGAGGUUGAACGAAGCAGCCCUUGAUAUGCAACUCACCCCCGAGUUUAAGCUAAGGGUGGCGGUGAGGUUGCUUGAAGGGAUGGCAUCCACAUGGUGGGACGGAGCCAAGGGAAAGUAUGGCAACACGGUGACUUGGGAGAAUUUCCGACAGGAAUUCUUUGCCCAAUAUUAUUCUGAUUUUGAGGUGAACGCCAAGAGAAGAGAGUAUACCCUCCUGACCCAAGGGGGCAAAAUGACGGUGAGGCAACUUGAACACAAAUUCAGGGAGCUCGCGGAGUUCAUACCGGAGUAUGUCUGUGACGAGAACCGGAUGGUAAAUCACUUCUGGGAUGCCUUGGACUUAGAGGUGCGUGAGAGGGCAACACAGUUGCCUAACAUGACCUUUAGCCAAGUGGUCGAGCAAGGGUUGAAAGGGGAGAAACAAUGGGAGGAGAGGAAGAGGAGAGAUGCCGAAGAGGCGAAAAAGAGAAAGGGGGAGAGUCAUGGCCCUCAAGGUUCCAAUAAAAAGGGAAACCAUGGAGGAGGAUCUUUCCGAACACCACCGCCCCCACCUAGGGGGAACCAAGACCCGAAUGGACAAGGAUCACGGACCUCGGGGGUAGCUCGGUGCAAUAAUUGCAAAAGGAGCCACUUUGGUAAGUGUCGUGACCCUCCUAGAUGCUUCCAAUGUGGGGAUGCCGGGCAUUUGAAGAUGAAUUGCCCACAAUUGGGUGGGGCAAGGUCAUCGGGACCAAGUAGCGGGGCUACGGGAACAAGAAACCAAGCCCGGGGUUCCCAAUUAACUAGGGGGCAUGGAGGAGCAAGCGCAAGCAACGCGCCAUCCGUGAAUCAAGGAAGAACUCAAGCUAGAGUUUAUGCGAUGACGGAGGCGGAUGCUCGAGCUAACCCGGACUCGGUUGCAGGUUGAGGCUAGAGCUUGCUUCCUGUGCCCGUUGCUCGGGUGAUCCUUUGGAGAGAAGACGUGGUUCGUGCUUUCUCCAUUCUGUUUUGAACAAUAUUAAACAUGCUCAUGGAUAUUUUACUUUAGAGCCUGCGUGCUCAUGAAUAGCCCUGUGUGGCCCUUUUGUUUUAAACAAUGUUUUCCGCUGCGUUAUGAAUUACUUAUUAUGUUUGUUUAUGGAUGUUAUAUGUGUAAAUGAUAUUCAAGACGCCUUGUAUAAUAUGAAUGUGUUGGACUGCGGUUGACUAUUCGUAUUGUACGGCGGGUUGUUGAC